GACUAACAUUUAAAUGAUUGACCGUUUUUUCAGAUAACUAACUAAAAAUGAUGAAAACAGCGAUUCAUCUUAUUGCUCUAAUGGUUCAUCACAACCUUUUAGAGCCGGCCGGUGCUGUCAUUUACACAUACGAGGAUGUCGAGUUAAGAAGAAUUUUCCCGAACGAGUUUCCACAAGAUACUGUCCGGAAAACUGGGCGCUUUGAUGCUGAACACUUGGGUCGUUAUGCUGAACUCCGACAUUACUUUCUGCAUCCGAAGUCUGCACUAAACAGCCCUUUUGAAGAAUUGGUUUGCUACGGCGAACUAGGAAAAAGGAUGUGCAACAUAGACGUGAACCGAUUUUCCUCAGCAGAGAGCGCAUACGUCAUGUCUCAGAAACAAGAAAGUCACAUGGAUCAUCGAAGAGUGUACUGUAUAUUUCUAAUCUGCUUUACUCUCGAGGAACUAGAUAAAGUUGUUACGACAUUUUAGAAUAAACUUU